AUGGCUCCAAAACGUUUGAAGUUUGUCAGUCUGUCACAAAAUGAUGAGAUCAAGGUCAAGUAUAACGUUGAAAUAAGGAAUCGUUUUCAGUUAUUAACGGAAGACGUAAAUAAAUCUAAACAAGAAAUAUUUAGAGAUGUUCUCACAGAAUCAGCAAGGGAAGUUAUACCUGUGAAAGAGCAAAGAAGAGGUUUCAUAGUUUUCCACAAAUUUUAUGUUACCGCACACGUGAUCAUCUAUUUCCUUUCUCGUCUCGGAGUGACUCUUGUUAAUCGUUCAACGCAUUUUAUUGAUAGAGAAGAAGCUUCUAUUGAAUCGACAGAUUAA